AUUCACAAUCAGUUGAUUUUCCAAGACAGGCGGAUUGCGAACUGGAACAUACACACGAGACUGACCUUUCUUUUGUCCUGUUUCCCCAGUCUGCAGUGACCGGGACAGUGCAUUCCGAACCACCAGUGGAACAGUGGACAGUGCUGCUUGUGCAAGCGAAAGACUACCCAAUUUUUCACGCCCACGGCUGAUGAAUAAGGACUAAUUGAAUGAGCUUUUCUGAAUGUGUCAUUGAAGGAAGAACUGUUAUGGUUGUGUCGCAGUAAAAGUGCAAAAUGUAUAUUCUGGUGAAAUCCGUUUGAACGAGGAAUCAAACCGACCUUCAGGAAAAACGGCAAAACGCCAACAAAUAGGACUACUACGAAUCAGGAUCCUUUGAGUCACGAUAUAGCAUGGCUUUAUUGAUCUACAGCUCAUUGGUUCUGUGCUUGGGAGUGGUUUUGGCUUCCCAACAUUCCCCCUAUUCCCUGCAGGCUGCCGUCGAUGCCCUGCACCGUCGAGAAGCGCAACUAGCCCUGAGAGACGAAAGCACCGGUGAACCACUGGAUGACGAAGGUUACUGGCUGGAAGCAGCCGAUGAUCUGCCAGCGUAUCGACCAAACCGACAGCGGUUAAACAAAAUCCUUGCCAACUAUCUGCGGCGGGAUGAUGAUGAUGAACCGUACGACCCGUAUGAUCUGGAAGCUCGCAAGCGGUCUGUGUUCCGAGAAAGAGAUGCACUCGCUGACCUGCCGUCCUAUCCAACCGCAUUCAGGGAACGCGAACUGGAGAAAGCCUACCAACGUCCGGACAUGUCGACGGAUUUCCUGAAAGAGAUCGACCGCCAGGCCAAUAUCGAGCGAGAAGAGAAAUACUUGGACCGUCUCCGGCAGCUGUGGGAGAAAUACCAGCAGCAGGAAAACGAAAUCGAGCAGGAACUGUUCGACGAGGAUCGCAUGGCUGGUGGAGAAGAGCCACCGUACUACAACAAACGACAGGGCUAUCCCAUCGCAUCCCAAUCGGACGCAGCUGCGAUGUACUAUGGACCACCGAUGGAAGCGAAGAAGCGGACUAUGCCAAUGCUGCCUUGGUUGCCGGCUUCUCGAAGAAAACGAUUCCCCGUCGCCAAACGAUCGCCAAAACCGGAAACAAGUUCGUCGGGAACGGAUGAAAAGGUGGCCAAAGAUCUGCAGGCUUUGUUCGAACAGCCAGAAGAAAAAAAGAAGCGUUCGACGGAUCUCGAAGUAGAGAAAAAACCUGAAAAGGAAGACAAACCCAAAUCACCAGAGAAACGAGAUACAAGUGCAGAACACGAACGAGAUGACCACGAGGGUCACAGUUCAGAAGAAAGUCACGAGCAUGAUCAUGAACAUGAUCACGAUCACGAACAUGACCACGAUCAUGAAUCGAGCGAAGAGUUCGAAGGGGAAGAUGAUGACAAAAAGAAGCGUUCGGUAAAAAAGCGAUCGAAUCUUGAGGUUGUGAAAGAAGAUCAAAUCAUCCCCGGUGACAUCGGCGAGUACAAAGCCAAAAAAUCGGUUCAAUGGAACAAGUACUUCGGUAUCGAUCGAAGGAAAAAAAGUCUCAGUCCAGGAUAUCCAUUGAGUUUCUAUAAAACAUACGACGAAGAGCGCAAAAAGAAGAACUUGAGCCAGGAAAAGCUGGAGAACAUGGAUCGAAAAUUGAAGACCAUCGAAGAUUUGAUACUGGAUCAAACGGUCAAGUACACCGGGGAUCAUGAAGGGGGUCUCACAGAACCGGAAGAUCUACAGAAAAUGAAAGACAAAGUUGUAUCCCGACUGGCGACAGCAUACAGCAUCGAGAAGAUGCGACAUACCUUGGACCGUCUGAAGGAAUCGGUUGGUGAUGAAACGGAUGAUGGUCCGAAGGACAACGAAGUAGACGCUGACAAACGGGAUGAUAAGAAAGAGAAGGCCAAACGGGUAGCCGUAAAGAAGGAGAAGGCAGAAUACGAUCACAGCCAACAUUCCAUGGAACCGGUCGACAAGGUUGCCAAAGACGCGGUGGAAAACGAUAUAGAUGAUUUGGACGACGACAAAAAGAAGAAAAAGAAGAAACGAGUUACUAAGCGAUAUCAGGAAAUUUUCCGAAACGAUGUACCCGAGUUCGAGGAUGAACUAGGAGCUGGCCACUAUGCACCGGCGGUUGAAGGUUACGGCCGUAGUUUAUCCGUGGAGUCAAACGAAUGUCCACUGUUAGACGCUCUGGAACGUAGGUGUCGCGGUGUUGACGUUCUAAGUGGAGACAUCUAUCAGGAGCUGCUGCCAGCUUGUGGUGCUCAUCAGCUUUGUUAUUUAUGUGGUACCUCUCAAACAGUUUGCGACUUCCAAUACCUUGCAGAAGCCGAUGCGAUCUGCGAUGGCCAAGCGAAUUGUCAGUCAACGGCACGAUCGGCACUGAUGAUCUUGCGUGGAUUCCCGGGACCCCAGCUGGGACCACGUGAGUGCGCCAAAAACCCUUGCCUUUACCGAGCAAUGGUCGAUGUUGGAGUCAGCGGAUUAUAAACGAGGAAACCAACCAAAGAGUAUUUGCGCCACCGGAGGAUUUGAGCAGGACGAAGCUCUCGUUAGUGACGCACUUUGGAUUUUGUUACCUUUGAUGAUUUCUAGGAACUAUCAACGUCUGUGUUGAAUAAUUGUAAACGAAUAACUGGGCUUUGGACAACGUCCAACCUUUGCUCUGAUCUUAGUCGAAAAGUGUUGUUUAUAAAUCGCGCAUAUCGAGCAAAAUCUAAUCCUUAUACGUGUUUGUCUUAAAGGACCUAAAACUACCAGCCAAAAGAGAAAAAAAAACUAACGGGCAAGCGAUGCUCCUAAAUGGAAUUUACAUAUUUACUUGAUAUUCUUUUGUUGAGAAGCUUUAUAGUGGAUGUAAGAUAUGCUUAUUCCACUUGACGUUUAUCAUUUGUCGCCUCGUCAAAGAGUGGCCACACUGUUAGAAAGAGAUUAUUUCAAUUCUCGUACUGAAACGUACAAUUUCGUAAAUGUAGCACUGAAUACUUUUUUCUAUUCAAAUGUUAUUUACAUACUACACAUUACCUGUAGGAAUCAAAUAAGCUACUGCAUAUAUUGUACAACAUUUUAAAAUCAUUUCAAGAAUAAAACAAAAACUAAGUGUUAUUUAUCGCUGUACUGAAUCAUAAACAUUAAUAUAUUGUGCACAGCCAUUUACUCACAACAGUUCCAUUCCAUCGAACAACCAUUUUUAUGUCAUUAACAGAAUAUAUACAAAAGUAAAUAAAUCUGACAAUAAGCUUCAAACAAACAAAACAAAACAGACAUACGACGAACGAAACUCGUAUGAAGCGAGACUAAACUACACGAAAAAAAUGAGCAGCUAAUUUGAAAUAAACAAAGAAUACCUGUAUUUUAAAUUUCAGUUUCAACGAAAAAUAAACAAUACGACAACUGAAUACUUAAUACGUGUAGAAUCCUGCAAUCCGAAGAAGAAAAAAAUAACUAAACAAAAAAAUGUGACAACACUUUGUGGCCCAACUUCAAAAGUGUAUUUGUGAAAUAUAUCCUGUGUUAGUAAUGAAAUCCCACUACGUGGAUUUUAGGUACGAUAAACAUUCAGUACAGACAAAAACAGUGAAUCGAAUCUAUAUCUAUAUUAUAUACAAACCAAACACACACACACAUUAAUGAUACUAUGAUAAAUAAAAUGUAAAGCAUAAUGAAAUAAAAGCAGUAUUUGUUGACAUUAAAACCAACACCUCUAA